AUGCCAGCUCCACCCGAAUUCAUCAAGUUCGUCGACAACAACUCGUCCGCUUUCAUCGAGCGCCUGCGCGCGGCGGUCGCGAUCCCCUCCGUAUCUGGCGACCCGAGCUUCCGGCCGCGUGUUAUCGAGAUGUCCAACUGGCUGAACGGGCAGCUGCAGCAGUACGGUACGCUUCCGCUUCCGCCUGCGAUCCUCGGUCGGAUCGGCGACGAUAAGAGCAAGAAGACGGUGUUGCUGUAUGGCCACUUUGACGUGCAGCCGGCAGCGAAGAGCGACGGAUGGGACACGGAUCCGUUCGUUUUGGUCGAGGAGAAGGAUGGGAGACUCGUCGGGCGCGGCAGCACGGACGACAAGGGCCCGAUCUUGGGAUGGCUGAAUGUCCUGCAGUGGCAUCACGAGACCAAGACGCCGCUGCCCGUGAAUCUGCUCUUUUGCUUUGAGGGCAUGGAGGAGAACGGUAGUGAGGGUCUGGAUGAGCUCGUCAUUAAGGAGAAGGAUGGCUGGUUUAAGGACGCUGACUGUGUUUGCAUCGUAAGUGUGCGUUCUUGUAACGCUGGAACUUCUGUCGACCGCACUAGAGCGACAACUACUGGCUUAACACUCGGACCCGGCACUCACGUACGGUCUGCGUGGGCUUGUUUACUUCAAGCUCAACGUCACUGGUCCUGGACGCGAUCUGCACUCUGGUGUCUUCGGACGUACGUUCACGAGCCGAUGACCGACCUCAUCUCGAUCAUGUCUAAGCUCGUCAGCCCCACCGGUGAAAUCCUCAUCCCUGGCGUCGACGACAUGGUCAAGGCUGCCGAUAUGGAAGAGCGGGCCAUCUACGAGCAGCUCAACUACAGCAUUGAGGAUGUCGAGUCCGGUGCCGGGGGCAAGAUCGCAUUGUCCGACGACAAAGCCACCGUGCUUAUGGGCCGAAUGCGGCUCCCUUCGCUCUCGCUGCACGGUCUCGGGCAAGUUCUCGAUCCGACGCCCGAUUCCGUGGAGCCCCUCGUCAAGUCGUACAUCCAGAGCGAAUUCGACAAGCUCGGCAGCAAGAACACUCUGGAGAUCGAGCUUCUGCACAGCGGCAAGCCCUGGGUGACGGACUACAAGCACUGGAACUUCGCCGCCGCUAUCACCGCUACUGAGGAAAUCUACAAAACAAAGCCAGAUCUGACCCGAGAGGGAGGAUCGAUCCCUGUGACGCUGACGUUCGCCGAAGCGUUGGGCGCGAACGUGCUUCUGCUGCCGAUGGGUCGCGGAGACGACGGAGCGCACUCCACUAAUGAGAAACUUGACAAGAGCAACUUCAUUGAGGGUACGAAACUGCUCGGAACGUAUCUGUACGAAGUUGGUGCGAUCAAGGCGGAGGGCAAGUGAAUCGAAUAGUCGCAAAUGUACCUAGUAUCACAAUGUAUCAAAGCAGCCGAGAUUCUCGACUCGUGUAACUGCCUAACCAGUCCCCGUUGA